AUGUCAACCGCGAUUCUCGGCCUAUCUGAAACCGGAGAACUUGAGAAGAUCCAUGACAGAUGGCUGUCAAAAUCUAAUUGCAGUAAACCGCGAGGGGCACAGUCAGGUGACUCAGAACAGCUCAAUGUGCGUAGCUUCUGGGGCUUGUUCCUAGGCUGUGGGAUCGCUGGUCUUGUCGCUUUCUUUAUCCAUUUCUUCAAGGUAGUCCGCGGCUUCUGCAAACACAAGUCAGAAGAAGAAGAAGCUAUACCUUCACCACAAAGUCCACUUCUGAAAAAGCUUCAAUCUUUUCUAGCAUAUCUUGAUCAAAAGGAAGUAAAUUCAAAGCCAAAGUCGAAGCGCAAAAGGAACAAUCUUUCUAUGAAUUCGAAUACUAUCUCGAGGAGUGUAUCUAGUCCAAUAUGA